AUGAAAUUGAAGUUGAUAGUCAAUGGAUAUGAGAAUCCCGACGAUUACAAACUCUUGAAGACCACGAUAUCCACCGUGGCUUCCCUACGUAGGACGGCAAUCUUAAGAUUCACUAUUGAUAAAUUGGUGAUCAUUUCCACACCGCGAUCCUCGACGACUACUGCUGGAAACAAUAACACUGUGUUACAUGGUGAUAGUGGACAAGUUUGGUGUACAAUACCGAGGGAUGUGUUUAAUAUAUAUUCUGUGGAUUCUAAGAGAGAGGCGAGUACUAUUACUAUGGAAUAUAAUUGUGAGUCGCUAUUAAGUGUGUUUAAGAGAUACGAUAGAGUUAUGAAUCAGGGGUCGUCUUCGGAUAUGACUAUUAAGUUGCGGUCUCUAUCGGAAUUGGAAAUGCGUAAAUCAUCGGAAAAGGUGAAUAAUAACAAUGACAAGAAGAGUAAUAUGAGACCGAAUCCGAUCUGUGUUCUUGCUAUUUUCUUUGAAGAGGUCAUACAGCUACGUAAUGAUGCACAUGGAGGAGGACCAGAUUCCAGAUCUAAUAUUGGUGGCGGUGGCAAUAAAGUUAUUAUGCAUUCAUUUAAAGUUCCUGUGAAACUAUUAUACGGGAGUCAAGAUCAAAAGAUCCAAGAACCGUUAAUCAAUUACUCGCAACUGAUGAUGUGUAGGCUUCCAGCAAUGUCAGGAGAAAAUGGUGGGUCGUUCCACAAUUUUAUGAAGAGAAUUGAUAGAUAUAGCAAUGUUACACAUAUGAAGCUAAGUGGGAGACGAGAAAGGGCAAGAGAUAGCCUUGGAGAUGUGGAGGAGAAUGUACGUUUGAAUAUAAUAGUUGAUGAAUUGCUUUGGAAUUUGCAAAUAUCAUGGAAUGGACCUUUGAAUCCGGUGAUACAACAGCAACAGGAUGAACAAAUGUUGUCAUCACAAGAUGGACCUGCUGGAAUGAAUGAUUCUCAGAGAAGUUCUAAUGCUGUGGUCAGCACAAACAACACUCACAGUGUGGAUGUGGAUGUUCCAGGAUCAUUUUCGUUGUCGCGUGCUGAUAGCAGUCGAUCUGGGACUGCUAAUCGGGACGCCAUUUAUGAAGUAGAUAUGUUACAAAUUGAAGAUAGUGAAAUGGUAGAUCCACGAUCCAUUCGAGGGAAACGCAGUCGUGAGGAGACAAAUGACGAAGAUGUCCCAGCAGACGUGACGAAUAAUCCCUUACAGGAUGUAUCCGAAAUGGUUGAAAGGGCAGAGCAGGAAAGUUCGCAUACACACGAGGUUAUCAUCUGUUGCAAAGAUUGGAAAGUGUGUGGUCGGUUAUACUCUGCGUUCGAGGAGGUUGUUCUAGCCAUCUCCAACGAUGAGUCGUGUGUGCUGCAUUGCUCACUAGACCGUGGUAGUCUGGAGGACAUGGAAGACCUGGAUAAACAGAGAGAACGUGGUCAAAUCAUCUACUAUAUGGCCCGAUCACGUGGUCUUUAG